AUGUCCGACCUGGACGGCAGCAUGGAGCACUCCAUGCAGGACAAUAUCGAACGACCGGCGAAGAGACCUUGUUUAUCAUAUACACCCGAGGAUGAUGAAGAGAUCCCCGCAGAAUUCGAUCUUCCAGCCGCGCGUGCGCAGAAUGACUCGCGACUGAAGUCUCUCUUCGAAGGCAUUUUCGCGAAAUAUAGCCAGGACUUCACCGACGUUGGCGAUGAGAUUGAUCUACAGACCGGGGAUAUAGUGGUAGACAAUGGGCAUCUAUUAGGCAUGCGGGGCGAGCACGAUGCUGGUGGCCAGCCGCGAUCGUGGCUCUCCCAGGCUGAGCUGGAUGAGCCGGAAGACUUUGAUGCAGACGAUGACAACAACCCGAAGGGAGACGAGGAUGAAUUCUUUUCUAUGGCAUCCUCUCCCGGUGCUCAUUCUUCACAUGCUCCGCGUGAAGAGUCGCCAUCCAAACAGCUACAGACAGACAUGGACACCUCUUUGGAUUUCGUGUUUAAAUUUAAAGCAUCUGGGACCGCAGGGCUCAGUUCUACAACCAAGAAGGAACAUGUCUCACAUCCCACCAACACUAUCCCGGUCUCCAAACCGCAAGAUCCAAUCUGGGCAGUCCCAGACUUACCUCCAUCCUUUUCAACGCCAACCACUGAGACCCGCAAAUCAAACGUGGGAUUCACUCCACCUGCUAGGUCUACAUCUCCCCCAGGGAGCGGCUCCGUCUGGGCUCUUCGCAAACCCCGGAGACCACGUACAGAAACGAAACCCAAGGCUACACCGAGUAAGCGCCGACCAGCUGCAAAGCGCAAAUAUCAUUCUAGCCCUGUGACGCACGACUGGUCUUUCGCGGAAGUACCGGAUGGGAAUGAGUCGGAUGACCCGUUGCAGGACUAUGAGCCAUCACCGACACCAUCCAAAAUGAAAAUUAUCCGUGGGAAGAGACACAUUCCGACAAAAGAGAACGAUGGCCCAUCUACUCCUUCGAAGCGGCCAGCUGUUGUCAUUGAAGUUGACGAUCAAGGCGAUGGCCCAGAAGGGGCCUGUGAACCAAGUGACCAUGAGGAUGAAGUGGCAAAUGCGGACAUCGAAGAAGGGAGCCGUGAAUCCAGCAACCAGAUAGAUGAAGUGCCUGAGGCACCUGUCGAAGAUGGGGCCUGCGAACCGAGCCACCGAGAAGCCGGUUGGCCUGAAGAACAACUCCAAGGAGUCUACGGACCAAAUGACCAAGAAAGCCAAGCACCCGAGACAGAAAACAAAAAUAAAGUACCAUUUGAUUCUAUGAUGGGAGGCGAUUCAACCCCCAACGCCACGGCCACUGCCAGCACCCAGGCCCCAUCCCUGCUGCUCAUGGAAAACACACCAAGCAAAAGGCAGCCCAUGACACCCGAUGAAGCAAAGUUAAUCGUGUGCAUGAUGUACAAACAAGAAAAGAAGGCUAGUGACGUGAUGCACAUGCUGCCAAGUCGUGACUACCAGACAGUUUGGCACUGGUUUUACAAUCACUGGACCUGCCGCCUGGUCAAUCCGCCUCCACUUUCUGCUGCAUGGUCACAACCUGAGCUGGAAGCUCUGUCCCGACUUAGCACCCAAUCGGAUCUUACUUGGGGUCAGAUACAAAGUCGGUUUAGGGGUCGAUCACGACAUGAAGUCGAGUUUGAGCUGCUACGUACUUUUGUUGGCGAGGGCUUUACAUCUGGAAUUAUCAGGAGCGUGGAGGAACAGGCGGAGCCGGAAGAGCAGCAGCAGCAAGAAGAAACACAGGACGACGAGAUAAAGGAUGAGCCAGAAUCUGACGCAGGCGUGGAGGAAGUCAAAUAUAAGGCAGGAGAUAGCGAUGCUGCGUCUGCAGAUACCGCCCCGGAAGAGCUUGAGCAGCCCGGCAUCCAAGAAGUGACCAAGACAACCGAGAGUAAUACGUCUGCUCCCAACAGCUUCUUGGGCAUUUUUAUAAACUCCUAA